AUGGCCGCGAUUCAAGCAUACACGAAUGCGCUUGAGCACAACUACACUGGCAAGCACUAUUUUGACGUGAGCAAGAACCGAAGCAACAAGAGGAUUUACGGCACGGCCAAGGACAUCGUUCACGACGCGUUGCCGAUUCAGUGCCUGGAGGACCGCCAUGCCUUGAACCUCAACGUAUUCGAGCUCGUGAUGUUGACCCUGCCUUGUUUCGUUCAUUAG